AUGCCACACGAUGGUCUCGUUCGCGGCAUCACCUUUGGAGCGGGCGCGGCGAUCGGCUGUGGGUUCAGCCUCUGGCUGCAGCGUCGGCGUCGCUCGCGGCUGCCGCGGCCGAGCGAAUGCCCGGCCGGUGGCGUCGCCGGCGAGGGCAAGCUGUCGUCGCACCACCAGGCGGUCUGGGUCUUCUUCGGCAACCAUCUGGCGAACCUGGACUUCUACAACGCGACGAUGACCGAUGGCGACGCGUCGCGGCAGCUCACGAUUUCCUACCCCGCGCGGCUGAAAGCAAGCGCCGGCUUCAUGCGGGCUUGGGGCCAUCAGAGCGAGAGCGCCAUCGGUGCGCAGACCGCGAGCAUCCCGGCCUUCGUGGGCGCCGGCUCGGAGCGGGCGCACGAUCUCGUCGGUGUCAUCGUGCCCUUCGGCGACGCCGGCCUCGUCGACCCGCGCAUCGCCGACUCGCUCGCGGCCGUGCCCUUUGCGGGCAACUUCGACUGGCUCGGCUGGACGGAUCCGCCGGCGGAGCUCCGGGAGGUCCGGGUCCUGGCCCUCGAUGUCGCCAAGCUGCGGUCGCCGAACUACGCGAUGCCGAUCUUGCAGUCGCACGUCGACGUGCUGGUGACGGGCGCCCUGCGGCAUGGCGAGGCCUUCGCGGCGGAGUGGCUCGGGCAGAUCCAGUUUUGGUCCAUCGCGCCGCCGCCGUCGGCGCCGCGCGCGCCGCGGCGCGCCGUGAAAAACUUCCUCGUCGGCUUCGGGUCCAUCAUCCAGACCGCGUCGCGGGCGGGCUCCGACCCGAGCGCCGUCGACGCGGCGCCCUGCCGCAUCGCACGCGAGUGGGGCUACGUGCGCGAAUGGAACUUCCAGGCGGCGACGGCGCAGAUCUGCGCGCUCGGCCUCCGGCGGACGCGGCCCGGCGAACGCGGCGCGACGAUCAACGGCGUGCUCUUCCCCGCGCCCGACGACCUCGCGGCCUUCGACGCGCGCGAGAACGGCUACGCGCGCGUCGAGGUCGACCGGAAACACGUCGAGCUCCUCGGCUGGCACGAGCUCCCGGAAGACGCCAAGGUCUUCUGCUACGUGCCCUACGCCGCCGCCGUCGUCGCGAAAUACGGCGACGACCCGGCGACGGGCCUGCCGCGCUGCAGCGGCGCCGCGCCGCCGUGGGGCCUCCGGCCCGACGAGGCGCCGGGCCUGGGGCUCGUCGGGCCCAGCGUCGACUUCCCCAUCCUCCAGACCUACGUCGACGUCUGCGUCUCCGGGUGCCUCGAGCACGGCGAGGCCUUCGCGCGCGAGUUCCUGCGGACGACCUUCCUCUGGUCGUGCUUCUGGCUCAACGAGCGCGAGGUCGCGCGGCGGCCCUGGCUCCACCAGAAGUCCUACGUCAAGAUCGACCAGCUCCUCCGCGAGGAGGUGCCCGCCCACUUCGCCCACCGCAAGCUCGAGUCCGAAUACGCGGUCUACCUCGCGGCCUGA